CCUGUUGCCGAGGUAACUGACGCCUAAUGGCGCGGAUGCUAAGCUACAAAAUAUUUCCCAUAAUGUCUUUCGGUAUUACUUCCGAGUACACCUCCAAGUGAUACAGGAAAAAUAUUCCAUUUUUCUGCAGUUAACAGAAAUUGCUUUGUUCGUUUCUCUCCAAAUGUAGGCGUCUUUUACGGCUCCAAUCCAGCUGCUGUUGUCUUUGUUUUGUUAUUUUAUUGAUAUGAGUAAGUAUCGCUUUCCCCUAGGCCUCGUAAUCUGUUUUGAGGAUGGCGUUGUCGUAAUGAACCGAGGCGGUUCUCUAACCGGUCAAUGAAGCGUAAUUUAAUCGGAGAUGGUUCUUUGUUCCUAGGUCGCACAGCUCGCGUAACCUUCAGCUACAAGGCUGAACAAGACGACGAACUUUCUCUGGAAGUUGGAGACGUGAUUAAAAAUAUAGUUGAUACGGAUGUAGGAUGGUGCGAGGGAGAACUGAACGGAAAAAGAGGGAUGUUUCCCAAUAAUUUUGUUGAGGAAAUAGUUGUGGAGUCCUCCGAUAAUAACACCGAUUCAGGUGAGAAAUUUUCACGGCUUUUGCACGUUGGCAUUUUUCCUUAAUCCUCAGGUCGACCAAGGUUUUGUUUGGUAGAAAUAACAUGGUGAGUUCACUUUACACUCAUGAGUUUAUUAUAACUUUAAGUGCAUAGGCUUACGUAUCCGCUGACUAUUCAAGCUACGAUGUGCAAGCCAUUGAUUUUCACGUAGUUGUUAUUUUUAGGUUACCCAAAUAGUAAUUGUACAGAAAUCGUGAGAAGUCACUAUAAAGAGCGUCAUAGAUUCUUCUCAAGUAUUUCCUGUUGCUUUUAAUACACACGUUUGUUAAUAUUGACAGCUCGAGUACUCACGAUCUCAGAUCGUGGAAGCCUUAAAUAUUUGCAAACGUAUAAGGUCAUUCUGUAGUUUCACUUUCCUAUAAGCUUUGCCCGUAAGCUUUAAGCUGACUUAAGUUUCAAGUAAAGAAGUCGCAGGUCUGGUGCAUUGCAAAUGUUUCUUUUUCACCGAGAUUCAGAUUUCUUCUGGUGAUUUCUUGGAUGUCAGUUGUAAAUUGAAACGUUGGUUGAGAAUGAUUAUGAUGUUUAUUUAAGCAACUCAGAAAAAAAAAUUUCUUCCAAAUUCUCCUAACAGGAGUGUCAAACUUAUGAACUUCUGGUUACUGGUAAAGAUUAUAAAUUCUAUAGUACUGAGCUAAAGCUAAUCAUGUUAAACUAUAUGUUACAGCCCAGUCAAAAUGAGGCAGCAGGCAGCAAUUGUGCUGCUUUCAGUGGAAUAUGUGCCACCAAUAAUUGAAUUAUUCCACACUUGGGUUGAGUAAUAUUAAAUAAAAGCCACACAAAUUUAGGUCUUUGCUGCCUGUUUUUGUGGUUAUCUUGCCAACUAUUGUAAAAAGAUCGCAAAGCAUCGUACAGUCCUGCUGAGUGGUCAGUGCAUCGGGUUUGCAAUCCAGCGUCCCAGGUUUCUCUCACCACCAGCUGGAGUUUGUUUCUCAACUGGGGUGAAUUCAAAUUCUCUGCCUCACUUGUGAAAAGCCAACUGUCUCGCUAAUGACUCUACUAACUACUUUGAUUUUUGAUUUUCACUAAUUCAAGUCAUAAGGGCUCUUUAAAACUCCAACUCUGACUCCAUUGCUAAUGAAAACCAGCCUUUAGAGCAUUUGUUAGUCAUAGGGCGCUAUUUUAAUUAAUUAAUAAUUAUUUUAGUUGCAGGGAAGAAGGCAAGAGUAACAUUUGAUUAUGAUGCCCAGGACAAAGAUGAAUUGACUUUAAAAGUGGGUGAAAUCGUCAAUGUUGUGGGUGAAGAGGAAGCAGGCUGGUGGAAAGGACAAUUGGCCAACAAAACUGGAGUCUUCCCUUCAAAUUUUGUAGAGCUCAUUGAUGAAAAGGAUGCUGCACAAAUGGAGACACAACACAAACAUUCAGGUUCGUUGUAACUUGAGAAAACAGUCAACAUUUUGCAUUUCCACCAUUGGUGUUCCUGCGAAAUGAAGUCUGAGAAACAAGCCCAGAAAUUCCAUACUGAUGACAUGUCACUACCCAGAUCAGGUGCUUCUGAUUGAUUGAAGUUAUUUUCCUACGUGGCACGACCAAUCAGAAGCACAACCCAGAUCUGGGUAGAGAUGUGUCAUCAGUAUGGGAUUUCUGCACUCAUUUCUCAGAUGUCAUUUUAUAGGGAAACCAGUGGUGGUGUCAUGACAAUGUCAGCUGUUUUCUCAGGCUAGGUUUGUUGUACUCGUAUGUAGAUUCUUCAUUUGCUCACCCUUGUACACCAUACAUGUACGUGUACACUGUAUGCAACUGUUUGUUGGUAAUUCCAUUGUAUGUCUAAAAUAAACCAUGUGUUUUUUGAGAAAAUAUCUGUACCCAUCCAAUGGAGGGGCAUUGGGAAUUCCAGGGGGUAAAGGGGCUCUCCCUUUUAACUCUUUGUCUUAUAGACCAUGUUAUGGCGAAAUAUUUGUCAUGUUUACUUUUAAAUCUGUGGAUGAAAUCCUUAUGGUAUUACCAUUCAAAUGAGACCCCUUUGGCAAAACUUUUGCAAAGUGCUAUUCAUUUCUUAGGAUUUUACAAAGAGGAAUUUAAAUGUUUUUGACUUUUUGUGUUUACAGUUUCCAUAGAAACUGUAUCACCAUGCAGUCAUGAAAUGUUGUGUCCGUAAUGUACAUUAGUAAGAAAAGUGAUAGUUCUUAUGGCCAGAUACAAAAUACUGCAUGAUUCAGUUCGCAAACAAGGGGAGUCUAAUGUGCUUUAGUCGUUCGUCAUGUUUUGGUCAGUUUAUUUUCUCUAUAGUCAAAAGAGAAUUUUGCAAAAGAGGGGUAAGUGUGCUACACAACAUGAGGGUGAAGUGUGAUCUGUUGCAUUGAAGAAAUUUUUCUCCUGAUGCAAGAAGUCAGGCUUCAUUUUUCUCUUUGACGCUAGUCAUAGGCACACUAGACAUGAAGGUGAAGCAUAACUUAAUGCACCAGAUACAGUAAAUAAGCAUCACCUUGACCGUCAAAAAUGUUUCUUCCAUUCAGGAAAUCACACUUUAUUUUCUUUGACAAAAAAGGUUACAUUUCAUGCUUAUAUGACAUAGAAAGCCAAUAAAAUCGCAAGUGCAUUACAGACGUAACAAAAAGACGGUAAACACAUGCUCUCUCAAGAGAGCUAUUUUCCUUUCUUUGGCCACUAUUGGGAUUUGAAAUAAAUGUGUUAUUAACAAUAGAUUUCUUAACAAUACAUUGUUUAUUUUUUUCUUCAGUGGAAGCUACAGCACCUAGUGCGGAGCAUCUGGAUGGUUUAUUGGAUGAGGAGGAAGCUGAAAUAAAAAGAUCCUCCAGUGUGGGAGCAUCUUCCAAGAAGUUACCUGGAGGGGGUAUGGGAUUUGGCAACCUUAUCAGUGCUGAUAUUUUAGCUGAGAAGAGACUCAAGAAAGUCCAUCACGAUGACAAGAAAGAAAAGAAAGAGAAGAGUUCUGUCUUACACGCUGAACCAAGCAAGUCACCAUCCACAGUGAAAACCAAAGCGCCUGCGACGGUAAGGAAACAUUGUUCCAAAGCUUCUUCAUGUCCUUCUUCACUUGUUUUUGGCCUAUCAUAGAAUAAUCCAUUCUCAUGGUUAAUAUCUUGGGAUUUAAAGUCACUGACUUCCAUUGCUUUUUCCUUUCCUUAGAGUGCUAAGUCAAGGCCAGCACCUCCUGUUCCUCAAUGUCCACCAAGUAAGCACUUUACUUCAAGCCCCAAUAUCAACAUACAAAUUCUCCACGCUGAGCUCCAUAUACAUAUCCAUGACAAACUAGUUGAGAGAAUGUGUUUUAAGAUCAAAGCAUUUUCUCUUAAGUGAUCAUUUUAUUAAUUCUCAUAAACAUUUCUGUUGGCAACAUAUGGAUACUGUUAGGAGAAACUUGAUGUUGAUCACUCCUGGGACUAAUUAAGGUACACUGUAAAUUUUAAAAGAGCACUUUAAUACAGCACAUGUUCAUUAACCCAUUUAUUUUAUUGAUUAGUAAUUUAUGAAUAAAGUACCACACUCUGGAAUAUCAUUAUUCAUUUGUUAAAUGUGCUGCUUUCUCAAACAUGAAAUCUAGAUCUAAGCACUAGCAAAAUAAGAUUUGCAGUUACUGGAGAUGAUAUCCUACCCCUCCUGUAUGUUCCCUUACCUCUGAUGAAAUGUUGUUAGAAACUCUUGACUGGUGGACAGUCUGGACUAAUACAGGUUUUCAUUAAAAAUUCCAUCAGCAGGAGGAAGGUGUAACAUCUCAGGAGAAUAUUUUGAAAGAGGCUACACGUCUGAAUUGAAAUAGUCAUAAUUUUAUUCUACCAAACGUCAGCCAGAGAGUUGUGCAUAAUAAACGAAGGUUAAUUCUCCAAUAUCUGAUGCCCAAUGAACCAUGGUUUUCAAUAAGAGCCAGUGGCCGACGAAAUUCGCUAGCUUUUUCACAUGAACUCACCACCUACUUUAAAUACAGUAUUCAUGUGAGGUCACCAAAUAAAAAAGCCAAAAUUUAAUGGUGUCUGUUUUUUGUUCAAACACUCCAGAAUCCCGAAAAUGCAUUCUAAGAGGCCCAGAUAUCAACAUUUUACAGGAAGGUUGGGGAGGGGGUGGGGGACUCUUGCCUGCAGCGCUCACAAGUUGCACCUUUGGUGCCAGUUUUUUCCUUCUCCGCCUAUUCUAAAGCUUUUGCUACCUAUUUAUAACCUUAUUGAAAACCCUCUUGAACACCCUGGUAAUAAAUCAUAAACUUCACUAUCUGCUCUAAGUUCAACCUAUAGGUACACAUGUACCCUGCGUUAUAAAUAAUUAUUGGAUGAGGUUUUUGUUAUUUGAAUAAUCAAAGUGGAGGUAUUAUCAGCUGAGCCAAAGGCCAAGGCCGAUAACACUUAUUGAGACCUUGAUUAUUAAUUUUACGAUAUCACAAAACCUGAAUCUACAAAAUAAAAUUAUUGUUUUGAAGAAAAUAAUCUCACGGAACACGGUUUGACAUUGCUCUUUGAAAUCAUGCAUAGUGCUUGCAAUCUACAGAUUAGUCAGUAAUCUGCUAGCAAAUAACUGACAAAUGUGUCGUUUGCCAGGGUGGAUUUCCAAAAUUAACCGUAGGCUUUUAGCCAUAAUACAAAGACAGAUAGUGAGUACAAUGUAUAAUAAGUCUUUUUGAUAUUGAAUUCCCACACCCUCUACAGGUUGCUUUCAGUAUAGGAAACAUGUGAUUAGGGUUUGAACCUCUGGAAAUUUUUUGUUGGCGCAUCAUGUGUUACAGUGAAAAUUUAUUUUGUAUGUUUCUCAAUACACUGUUUCUCCUUUCGGUUAAUUCCCAUGAUUAUACAAUUUCAAAACUUGUGAUGUUAUUAUCAUUUUUAGGCAAGAAGCCCAGUGAAAGAGCCAAAGUUAUGUUUCCUUAUGAACCUGAAAAUCCAGAUGAACUUAAUUUAGUUGAAGGUGACAUUAUCACUAUACUCAACAAAGAUGUUCCUGAGAGUGAUGGUUGGUGGGAAGGAGAGAUCAAUGGUAAAGUUGGCAUGUUUCCUAACAACUUUGUUGAACUGCUCCCUGCUGAGGAAGAAGAUGCGAUGUCAGUGAAAGACAAAGUAAUAAUAUUGAUACUAUUCAUACCUGUUUGAACACGCGUAUAAAUUUGCUAGCAAGCAUGACUGACAAAAAAAAAUGAUAUUUUACCUCAGUUAUGGUAGGAUACAUGAAACAGGGCCCUAUUUUGCUUUCUUUCUGUAAACAAUUCAAUUUCACCAGCAAGUGAUAAAAUCCUUCAUAUUUGCUUCUCAAAAUUUUUUUGUUCACAAGUUCAGAGCACUGGGCUUCCUUAUAUUUUUUGUUGCUAAACCCUUUUUCACUUAAAAUGCCUUGAAAUGCAAUUUUCACAUCAGAGCUCCCAAAUUUCAACUUUUCCCAGGGAAUCCCUUAGUGGAAGGGAGCUAGCGCUAUAAUGAUCAGCUUGAUCAGCUGUGCCAUGUGAAUGUCAUUUUUUUUCUCUCCUACUGUAAAUAUUACUGGAGAACCCUGCUACAAUUAUAUUCACUUUUCAGUAAUUGGUUUUGCUUUUUAAGAUUUCCAUAACAAAAAAGGGGUAAACCUCCAUUAAGCUUCUACCCUUGAGAAAGAGAUAUUUGGCCUCUUAAUAAUAAUUGUUUAAUGGUGAGAACCAGUUCUAGUAACUUGCUGCUUUAUAGGAGGAUGCUCCAGGGUUUGUCAUUUAUUGCCUGUAAGAUGGUGGGGGGGGGGGAGGGGGGGAGGGUUAGGCAGCCAUUUUGCUGGGGAGUUAUUUUCAAAAUUUUGAAAUUGGUUCUGGGGGUCAUUUUCAGAUAACAGAUCAUUACCUAGGGGUCAUUUUGUUAAAUUUCAUGAAAGUAGGUAAAAACAGUAAUGAGCAAGAAUUGAAAUUGAAUGUAACAGCUGUAAAUAGAAUAAAAUGAUACGAUUUCAUGUAUAAAUAAAGAUUGAUGAUGAUGAUGAUGAUGAAUAGUUAACAUGGAUCAUAAAAGAUGGCUGUAGAUAAAUGUAUGUGGUUGGGUGAUGAACUUCGGCACGAUUUGUAGCCAGAAUAUUAGACGCUUCCACAGCAAUCGGGUACUCAAGGAGAUUCAACUGUAUUCUUAAUUCAAACGUUCUUCUUGCUAUUGUUAUUAUUCAUAAUUAUUGCUUUUAUUGUUUUGUUUUUUCAGGCUCCUGUUGCACCUGCCACAGCCAAGAAAGGUGUACCUGUGCUACCAGUCAACUUAGAUGAACUUAAGAAAUCACCAAGUGAGUAUUCCUGCACUCAGGGGCAAUGAAGCUGAUGUCAAAGCUCUAGUUAUAUUAUUAUCACUUUGUCGGGCAUUGUGGUGCAUUUUGCGCUAAAAUAUAAUUUAGCCCACUGAAAUAUAACAAUAAAAAGACUGGAUCAAACAGUCAUACAAUAAUUACACCAAUCACAAUGGAGAAUCCAUUGCAAUGUUCAUGCCACCGUUUUCUUGCAUCGUUUGUUAAAGAAAUCAUGCUGCCAUUUUCAAAGCUCAAAUCCUGGUUGAAAACACAACCAAUAAUUUGUAAAUUCUUAAUCACUUCAGCUAGAGGAAGAUGUACAAAAGUUAGAGAAGCUUAUGAUGCAAAUAAUGCCUCAAGUAUGUCCAAAGUCAGUUCAACCAAUUAUCUCAAAACUGUACAAGUACACUUAUGUUUUUCUUCUGGGAUGACUUCGAUGCUUUUUAGCUUGAGGCUUCAUGUUUGUGUUGUUGUGUUCGUUCACGAAAAAGGAAAAGUGGCAGUGUUUUCGCACCCUCUGUCAUGCCACUUUCCACCAUGCCUUGAUCAUGUGUUGUUAUGUAUCCCGAGUGGGGUACAUUGCUUAAUGUAUCACGAUCGGGAUACAUUUGAUUUUAGUCAAGGCCAUGUGACCAAGAAUCAGCCAAUGGCUGUCCCUGUUUAGUUGAGUAAAAGUCUAGAAAUAUAAGAUUGUGCUUUAUACCAACUGUCAAAUUAUGCGAAGAAAAAAUGACAUUUUUAGUACUUAGUUGACUGUACCAUUCUCUGGUUACUACAAUUUUUCAUUCAAGCAGGGUUGUCAUUAAGAGCGGGGGGCCGGGGAUUUUCCCCGGCUACUAAGAGAGUGGCCCCCAGCUACUUUUAUUGGAAAGUAGAAGAAAAAUAGAACCAAAAGAAAUCUCUAGCCAUUUGAUUCCCCGCCUACUUGUUGUGUUUACCCGGCAACUUGAAAUCUUAAGAACAACCCUGUUCAAGAAUAGAAUAACAUGAUAUUUUUCUUUUUGACAUUUGCGACUAAUUAUACGGCGCUUUUUAAAAGCUGGUACUGGCUGGGCAGAUCAGUCAUUUUGAAAGUAAAAUUUUAGUCUGUUCUUGAUAUUUUCUCCAAAACCCAACAUUGGCAAGCAUACCGUUCAAGUAUAGAUUGAUCUGGCUGGAGAGCCGUGAUUUACAGUGGAAUUCUCUUUACAGCUGGACUGGUCUCACUGGCCAGUUCUAAGUAAUGGAAAGCACCCUUAGCUUCCGCUUGCAAGAGUUUGUCUGUUAUCAGCAAUUAAAAAUACAAAGUGUUAAUAUUGCCCACUUAUAAGAACUCUCUGCUAGCAGGAGUUUGACUGAAUUACCUUUGUUCAUUACCAUGUUAGAAACACAUAAAAAACCUGCUCCAUCAGUCUCUGCAAAAGAUGACUCCGACUCAGAAAAAACAGCACACAAAGUCACACCAAGAGAACCACCCAAGAAGCCUGUUUCAUCUCACCCUCCUAAAGAAGAACCCAACGUGGAUCAUACCCCAGAAAUGGCCCACCCAGCACCUGCAAAAAAACCAGUGGCACCACAGAAGCCUACUCUCCCACCCAAGAAACCAUUACCAAUAAAGGCUAAGAAACCAGAUAUUAUAGGACGAAAACCAGAGAAAAAAGCAGAUACAGAGAAAUCGGCACCUCUUAAGAAAACUGCUGAAGAUGCCGUAGAUGGUUCACACGUUAAAGAGAUGUCACAUGUACAAGAAAGGUCAAAACCUGUUGACAAAAAAUCAACACCUGAGAUUAAGACAAGUGAUACUGGAGAGGGUAUGUUCACUGCUUCAUAAUAUUAUUAGAAAAAUGCGUAACAUAUAAUUUCACUGUUUUUGCUUACUCCAAGCAAAUGCCAGAGGCAGAUAGCAUAAAUCUGUUGGCGCAUUUGCAAAGUGAGCAAGGGCCGUAGAUAAAAGGACAAAAGUGAAAGGAACGGAUGAUGUACCUAAAAAGAACUCUACCAGAAUAUUAUAGAGGUAGAGAUGACUUGAAGUUUCUUUUGAUUAUAAAGCGUAAAGGUACAUGUAUCUCUUAGGGUUGUGCGUAGAGAAAAUGUCCUUAUAAAAAAGGCAAAUGCCGUCAUACUGUUUUGCAGUAUGGUCUCCUUUAGAGAUCAAGUAAGCUUCCUCAGCCACAGUAUCCAGAGGAGAUGUGUUUGUCGUUAGAACAUCAAAACUCGUCGAAAACCUCUGAAAAAAUGGGUUAUUUUGAUCGCGUUACAGUUUCGUUACACAUUCCAUAGACCGCAAACCAAGAGACUGACGGCUCGCAAGAUCGGCUAGCACUUCGUGCCUCAGUCGCCCUUCGCUCACCCUUCGGGCGACGUGCCGUACGCCAGCAAGGAUAUGGCUUGCGGUUAUUGAUUUUCAAAAGUCGAUCUGGGUCAGAUAAGUAUAAAGAUCCCAUUGGGCGAAGUAAUCGUGCUAAGCGACAGGUAUAGACAUUUUUCAAGGUGAGACUUUAAGUAAGUAAUUCAUUUAUUCACACGAAACUCCUCUGGACCCUGUGCCUCAGCCACGCCCAGAUUGGUUUGCUCUUAAGAAUUUUCAUUCUUAUUUUCAGACUAUCCCGUGAGUCACUAUAAAAUGGGGUCCCCCCCCGUAGUACUAAGUGUUCAUCUUUUAGAGGUUUCUCUUAAUGACCGAUUUAGACGGUACGAUUUUUUGCUUACGACUAUCGUGCGCGUGUAGCAUAUAUCAUGACUUUCGACCAUCCACACGCGCACAAUUUACACGAUAAUACUUCCAAACAGUGCUGUCCUCAUAGAAAAAGACUGUGUCCUGUUGUUUAAUUGUUAGUUGACUGUUUCUUGUUCUCUGUUACAGCCCCUAUAUCGUUUGAUGAUCCGCCACAAACAGAAACGUUAAAUCACCUGACUGCUAACAGAGCCAAGGUGCCACAGAAGAGGCCGCCAUCUAAGGUUUUGCAUAGUAUUAUAUCCCAUUCACAUAAAAGCUUAAACAUGUUUAAAAGCUGUUUUUUCUUUGCUGAAGAUGCUCACUGUAGUUUUAUUGAUGGCAGAUUUAGUGCAAUUGUGUAACAUGUGUUUUCUUAUUCGAAUUCUGUGUAAGAGCCCGUGUUUAAGUGUUCUCUACUACUUUAAAGCACAACAAAGGCUAAAAGAAUAUGCAUCGUUAAACAACGGCCAUAAUAACUGCCCCAGAAGUUAACGGAACGGGAUAUUUCUACAAAUACACAUGUUCAGAUCGAUCAAUCGAUCUUUUCGUCCUACGGGACGCAUGCCAUGAAUUAUUUGCGUCUUUGGGGAUUUUUAUGAGUCAGGGACGCAGGACGCAGAGAUAACAAAAUAACUGAACAUGGCCGCCGUUUCAUUGUUUUGGAACUCCAAUAUGGCCGCCGUGACGUCGAGUGUAAACGCUCUUAUAACAUACAUUGUACAACUUAAAACGAGAAAUGGAAAGAUCAGCACAAAAGUGUAUAGCCGGGGAAGCAAUUUGGAGGUGAUUGACACUAGAGUGUUGGAAUACCUGGAAAAAUUGCGGGGAAAAGAUCUUUAUACCUUCAGGCGUGUGGCCCGGUGAUUUUAUUUUCCAUUGACACACAUCGCAUUUUUAGUAAGUGUUACCGUUGGUCUAAGGAAGGGGUAGCUGGGUAACCUGUGCAGCCGGUGGGAUCGUUUGUGUGAGGAAAGUCUUGGAAGAGAAGCUGCGAAGUCGGGCGCAGAAUGGGGAGAAGACGCUUUGAAAUUUUGAAAUUGGAAUUUUCUUGCACCUUUGGCGCUCGGUUCUUGUUAGACUGGCGGCCAAAACUCUCACGCGCGCAAAGCAAAAACAAUUCCGCCAGCUAGUAAGUGGGUAUAUUUGAGUACCCGAUAUGUGACUGUGUACAUAUAGUUACUUUAUUGCGCCCUAUCAGACGUCCCCGAAUUCUCGCGUGGCUACUUGUAAAAAGGGUGUGUUCACAUUAGUGCCAAGCGAGUACCGCAAGUACCAAGUGUGAACGUCGCCAUAUUCUAGUCUAAGUUGAUAUGUAACUUAUUCCCUUUUGUUACAGGAAGGGCGGUUAGAUUCAGCUCGUCUCAGUGGAAAUUUAGAUGACCAUCUUACCGUAAGUUGCAAUGUUCAUAUGUUGUUGACAGUUAGUAAAGCGGGGCAGCCAACGACCGAAUCUUUCUGAACACUUCAAAUUUGACUCAAAUGUGUUCCCUAUGCUUGAGCAGCCUGUUUGGUUAAUUUGGAGCUGCCUUAAAAACUAAUUAUCUGUUCGAGUUUCUUAGGGAAACUUUUGGUCGAAUCGAAAGUUUUAGGUUGCUUUUUCAUCCGAAACUGUUACCUACCCAGAAGGAUGCGAUCGAAAGUUCCAGGAAAAGGAGUAACAACUUUCAUUAGAAAAUUCAAGGGGAUGUCCAGUCUUUAAACCGAUAUUUUCAGGAGACCCGUUUUUAGCUAUAAUGGUGAUAUCUUGGUAAUAAAAUGUAAAAAACACAACCUCCGAUAAUCGUAGGUAAGCUACUGUACGAAACAUGGAAUAUCUUAGACGAAUGGAACGGUAAUCCAGAAAUGCUUAGCCUAAAUCUCGGGGCAAUAUUUGCUCCUUUGAAGAGUCAUUUUACAGAAAAAAGUCUUUGGCUCCACGUGAAAGAAAAAGAAGAAGAAGAACAGGUUACACCCCAGCCCUGGGACCUCAUGACUCGUGUGCACCUUCACCCUUUAGAUUUUUGAGGUAAUUGUAAUCUGCUGUAUUUCUUGUAGGAAACAAUCAAGCAUCCUCCUUCACGUCCCAAAGAACCACCAAAAGAGCCUGCGUGGAAACGUGAUGCAAGAGAAGCUCGAGAAAAGAAACAGUUGCUAGAAGAAAAGGUGGGCAGGGAACAAUACGGAAAAAAGAGACUAUCGUAAAGGCCGCGCGAGAGACCGCGCGCGUCUCUUCGAACAAAAUCUCCGGACAAAUUUUUGAACGGACGAAUUUUCUACCUGUGCAAACCGAUUAAAACGGUUCCGCGGGUUUAAAGAAAGCAGGGACGAAGGGAGUGAUGGGAAGAGGAGCUCUACGCUCGUUCCCAUCCUUCCUCUCUCGCGCUUCUCGCUUGUCUCGCGCGGCCUGUAUCGCGUACCCGCUUGUUCCCCAAUCCCCACUUAGCGGGAAAGUGGGGAGGCAGAUACUAUUCGUUUGCCAAGUGUGUUCAGCAAAGAACACUUACAAAAAUUUAAUUAAGAUGGUUCAUCAAACGAAGCCCAAAAAGUUUUACUGUAAUAUAUCAAGCAUGAGACGUAGUGUUUCAUCACCAGAUGAAACACCGAGAAGAAUGUUGAAAAAUACGACGCGCAGCGGAGGUGAGGUGUUUCAUCUGUUGAUGAAACACUGUGUUGAAUGCUUGAUAUUGCUUCUCAAACAAAAUGUUUUAGACGGUCACGAAAAAUGAAGUUUUUCAUCUGAUUUCCAAAUUAUACCAGCGCAGAAUGAUCUCACGAACGGAAACCAGCGCAGAAUGAUCUGGGAUCGUGAAAUUGAAGACUGUGUGUUUUUAGGUUAUCUUUGGAUGGCUUAGCUUGAAAUUGGGAAGUGUUCGACAGAUUUUUUCAGUGUUGGGUAGCCUCCGGGACGCAUCCCUUGAGGGUGAAAUGUUCACCGACCCAAGCAUUUCCAGAGUUGUUAGAGCUAUUUGUGGUACUUUUAACUACAUUGGUAUUCGCUGGUUGUUUGCCACGUACGCAUGUACUUGGGUAAAACGGUCGGUUCACGGUUUGGGCAAAUGGUAAGCAAAACUCAGGCCUGGUAAUUUUCGUUCGGUAAUCGCGUUUCCCUUUGAAACUGGUAUCAAAGAUGCGUUUGAAGAAAUGGAACACUAAUUCCGUUUUUGGGACAUUUCGACCGGGAAAAUAGCACUACCUCUUCGGAAGUCUCAUUGCUCCCGGAAACGUUCCAAUUGGAACGACCCUAGAGGUCAUGUUCCAUUCACUUUCCAACCGGAAUUUGCGGAAACUUUUUGUAAAUGGUUAACCACCGUUAUUCGCAACUUAAGAAAACGAGAAGGGAACUGGAGCCGAAAUAUGUCGCGGAAUUGUGUCUGGGAUCGUUACAGGCCACGCGCCGUUCAGUUAUUGGCCAAUCAGUGUUUUCCCUGCCCCUAGUAACAGUCCCAGAAUUCAAUGCGCGUUAACUCGGUCCAUCCUCGGUCUUGUUCCUAAAGUGGCGAAUUAUUUAUUCCAGUGUUUUUUCCUUUCCCUUAUUAAGGCUCCACCGCCGAUAUUGGCCUCCAAAACUGACGCGUUAGAAAAGCGAAGGUCAGUUCACAAGGAGGAGACACAUGAGCAGACGCCACCGGUGCAAAAAGUAGAGCCUUUUACGACAACGAGCCCAGCAGAGGUGGAAAAGUUACGAAAAGAGGUGUCGGGCCUGAGAGAGAAGCUGGAGAAAAUGGAGAAAAAGUUUAAUGAAAGUUUAAAGAAACAAGAAGAGAAAUUUAUGCGAGAGAUCGAGGUCCUCACUAAUGACUUUGAUGAAGAGAAGAAGCAGAACGCAGCAGAGCUUGCCGCGCUGAAGGUGGAACUGAACAUAUUGAAGAGACGCCAAUCUCGGUUGAAUUUAGAUGACACUCAGUGAUGAUUAGCCGAUAGGUUGUGCUAAGCGAAGUGAAUGAGAUUUAGUUUGAUACAUUCAAAUAGGCGUUCAUUCAUAUAGUUUAGGAAAUUUUUUAAAAAAUACUCUAGAAUUGUUUCAAAAUACAUCGAAUUGUCAUCUGAGGGUCUUUAAAUCAAUACGAAAUAGAGUAUAAGUAAGGUAGCAUCUAGACUUGAUACAAGUCGUUUCCACAAACUUCUUUACAGAAUCUACAGUCAAGGUAGUCACCUUCUAUUAAGCUUUCCUCUCCUUACUCCGGCCCAACCUCCGGUCUCACAGAGGUGUUCAAGUUAAAUACAAGAAUCACAAAUUCAUAGAAAAUUAGAAUAACUUGCUAAGUUUCCAAAACUAGGCAAGGGUGAAAGAAAAAAGAAAUAGCAUGCUGGGAAAAUAUGUCAUUUGCUACUAAAGAAGUCUUUUAUCCAUCUUCGUUAAAAGCUCGAGGUGAUUCCGAAUGUUUUCAUCGUCUCAGAAAACAAACCGAGCACUCCGGGCAUUUCCCUGGAUCAGGUUGCCCAGCAAUAUUUCCACUUAAUUCUUACAUGGAUCUAACAUGAGGGGCACCCAACGACGUUUUUCUUUAAAAUAAUUGUUCAGUGUUCAAGGAAGCAAAUAUUAUCCAGAAAUUCCUAAAGCUGUUAGUUACCCGUCAGGGUAACUAACAGUUUCGGAGAAGACCAAAAAUUCACUUAAAACUUUCGAGAGAACCAAAAUUUCCCCAAGAUAUCUAGCCUCCCACGCAGGCGUUUUUAGGGGAGCUCGUUUUAUCCUGUGGGGAGGGAUGAAAGACGAACUUCCCUAAGAACGCCUGUGUGGGAGGCGAUACUACAAGAUAUCCGAACAGAUAAACAGUUUUUAGGUCAACUCCAAGUUAACCAAACGGGCUUCUAAAGCAUAGAGAAAUUUAUUUGAGACCUGACGAAUUUGGAAACAUUUGGUUGUUGGGUGCCCCCUGUCAUCGUCACACAGAGAGGAGACGACAGAAUUAUUGCAGGUUAUCUGGUCUUCAUCCUUGAAGCAAAAAUUCAACUUGACGAGAAUGUCAGUUGUAAGGAAGUUAUCAUUUUUAUUAUCGGAAUAUCAUCUGUAUAUAUAUAUAAAAAAUGCAAUUGAAAAGU